AUGAACGACGAUGAAGUCACGCUUGAGCUAGACUUUGAUCACGAUGCCCUAGCCAAGACGCCCAAGCGCACACCUUUGUGGGACGAUGAUGGCGUUGCUGCUUUGUUUCGGUUGCGGUACAAGUCUCAGCUGUCUGCGCGGUUUUACUCGAAGAACAACGCCGACAAGAAGACUGCUUACGUGAUGCUGGCUGCCGAGCUAAGCGUGGCCACGGAGAAGGAAUACUCAGUCACUCAAGUGCAAGACAAGUUUGCGAAAAUGAAGUCAGCAUGGGCGCUGUCGAAGCCCUCGAAUGCGAUCAAAACAGGGAAUACUCCCUCCGCCCCAUUGCCUCCCCAUUACGAUCCAUUCAAGGACAGUCUCGGACGAUUGCUCAACUCGUUGCGCAUUUAA